ACAUUGACUUCCUAGAGCAUCCACAUCGUUCGUCGUCUCCCUCAUCGAUCUCUCUCUACCCCUCUCUGAUCAACUGUCUCCUGUCAGUCUUAUAUAUUUUUCUGGCGCUCUUGUUGCCUUGUGCUGGCUAGCUCUCUCUCAUCUGUUCAAGCUUAGCUCUCUCCUUGCUUUCUGUGCCCUCCUCCAAGGCUCCAAUAUCUUCUCUCAUCCUGAAAGGCAGUGUUCCUCUGUCCGCUAGCCUGUCUGUCUCGGCGGCUAGCUAGCUCGAGAGUGUUUAACAAAACAGGGUUAGCUAGCUAGGGAAUAGCAGCAGUGGGAUUCGGUGUAGCAGCUGCUCUGCUAGGUGUCGUCGUUGCCUUUGUAGCUAGCUGUGUUUCUUCUCCUCCUUCUUCCUCACAUCGACCGGUCUCACCUGAUGGGAAGGGCGCCAUGUUGCGACAAGAACAACGUGAAGAAAGGGCCAUGGUCGCCCGAGGAGGAUGCCAGGCUCAAGGAGUUCAUGGACAAGCAUGGCACCGGCGGCAACUGGAUCGCUCUCCCGCAGAAAGCAGGGUUGAGGAGAUGUGGCAAGAGCUGUAGACUCAGAUGGCUAAACUACCUAAGGCCUAACAUUAAACAUGGGGAGUUCACCGAGCACGAAGACAGGGUCAUCUGCAGCAUGUAUGCUAGCAUUGGAAGCAGGUGGUCGAUCAUCGCGUCGCAGCUGCCUGGCCGGACGGACAAUGACAUCAAGAACUAUUGGAACACCAAGCUGAAGAAGAAGCUCAUGGGCUCUACCGGCGGCGGUGCUGGCGGUCCUCCGCCGAGGGCGCCACGGCAGAACCACCAGCAGCACCGGCCGGUCCUGCUCCCCUACUCAUCGUCACCCCACCCAAACUACAACAACUUCUUCCCAGGCUCCGGCGCCCUCCUCCAGCAUCAAUCAGAACUCAACAUUCCCCAUACCCUAACCCUAGAGCCGCAACAAGACUACAUGCUCAACAGCUCAAACUCCAUGACACACAAUGGCAGCACCUCACACCUGCUGCAUGUAACCACGACGCACCGCCAGCUCCAGGUGAAGGAGGAAUGCGGCGGCGGAGGCAACAUGAUCGCGUUCGGCUGCGGCGACCAGCAGAGCUGCAGCUCGUCGGACGGUACGACAGCUCAGUACGGCGGCCAGUUCGGAGGCCGCCACCACGGGAGGGAGCUGAGCUUCGACCACAACGGAUACAGCUACGGCGCCUACAACAACGGCGCCGUCGAGCAGGAUCAGCAGAAGCUGUUCCAGCAGCAGCAGGCGCAGCUGGACUACGGCUACGAGGAGAUCAAGCAGCUGCUCAUGACCGCGGGGACAGGCGCCGACGGCGGCAGCCUGAUCCACGAUCCGGCGGCGGCGGAGCUGAUCGCCUCGCACGCAGCUGCUGGCAAGUUGACGAUGAUGUAAAUCUGAGUAAUUAAGAAAGUCGACGUAUCACGUAAAGAAGAAGAUCAGGAACGAACCGAAGGUGUGUGUUAAUUAUUUUUAUCUCGUUAUAAUUUUUCUUUUCUUCUCUAUUGAUUUGUGUAGAGUACUGAAAUGAAGAAACUCCCGUGUCACGGCUGCAUGCAUGCACAUGCACGUGGCUGACAGCGCUGCCCUCGCUGUAUGAGUGUAUCAGUGUAUGUGAGCGUGACAUGGGAUCAAGAUUCUCUCUCCUCUCGAUCUCUUUUUUCUUUCUGUUACUGUUGUUGUACUUCUCUCCCGCUUCCUUUUCAGCAGAGGGUAUAGUGAUAUGAAGUUCGUACUA